AACAACACUUAGAUUUGAGCCAAACAUGUUUUCAAGAAUGUUUUGCCGAGCUGGAAUCCAGGGAGAAGCAUCUGUGUUCUAUUCAAGAAUCAGUAAGUGAGAGCUCAAAGGAACUUGAAUUAAUAAGAGAAUCACUAAACUUGAAGCGCAAACAAGUUGAGGAUAAAGAAACCGAGAUUUUAGAAUAUGUUGAAAACUUGAAACUAAGGGAGCACAAAUUCAGUGUCGUUCAAGAGGAGGCUGUCAAACAACUUCAUCUCAGAGAGGAGGAAUUGGACGAGAAAGAGAAUUUGAUUCGACGUAUUUUCGCCAAAGUGAGAUAUGAGCAACAAAAAUUUGAGAAUGUGAUUGACAAAAGGCUUAAGGAGAUUGCUAUCAAAGAAGACAAGUUGAAGCAACAAGGCUGCAGUUAACAGAAACCAAAAGAACUUGACUUGAGCAAAACUAUGAAAAGAUGCAGCAGGCCUUAUUGUUCUGAGAAUCCCUUGAAAAAGUCAAAGGCAGAAAAAUCAUCUGAAUACAGUAAAGAGGAGCAAAAUCUUAACCAAAGUAUACACGAGAGAGACAUCAUGUCAAGCAAGCAAAUAAGCUGUCCUGAUAGGAAUGUCAACUCAGGUUCAAAAUCGGACACAGACAACGAUAAGGGUGUCAUAAGUCUAGAAGUGUAUUGUCCUCGCGCAGAAUUUCAUGAUUUUGAUAAGGAUAAAGAAGAAGGAAAUUUUGACAUCGACCAAAUUUGGGCAUGUUAUGACAAUUUAGAUGGUAUGCCUAGACUUUACGCCCAAGUUAAAAAGGUUUUUACUCCUAAAUUUAAGCUACAAAUGGUCUGGUUAGAGGCUGUUGAUCGGACAAAUCAUGACUUACAGGCAAUAAGUUGUGGUAGAUUUAAACUCGGGAGCUCUGUAGACAUUUCGAAUCGUUAUAUAUUCUCUCAUCAAGUGAAAUGCAAAAGGGAAAUGCAGGAUUAUUAUCUGAUAUAUCCUAUGAAAGGGGAGAUUUGGGCUGUUUACAGAGACUGUCGACCGUUUAAAUAUGAGAUUGUAGAGGUAUUGUAUGAUUUUGUUGAUGAUGUUGGCGUAAAGGUACAUUAUCUGGAAAAAGUCAGUGGAUUUAUGAGCAUUUUUAAAAGGGGAAACUGUGGGACUGACUCAUUUGCGAUACCAGCAAGUGAAUUAUACAGAUUUUCUCACAAAGUUCCCUUAUUUAAAUUGACACAAACUAUAAGAGAAUGUUUGAUGGAUGAAUAUUUUGAACUUGAUCCUGCUUCUCUACCUAAUUAUCAAGAUAAUGCAUGUUACAAUAACAAGGUUAAGGUUGAUUAUGAGGAAGUUGACGAUGUCUCUACCUUGAAGUAA